UUUGAAGCGGCAUUUAAAUAUUUACAUAUAUUCCUAUUAAAAUUUACCGAAAUGCGCGUCGUCAUCUUAUCAGCACUUUUACUAUUGCUCAAUCUCAAUCUUAGCUGGGUUAAGGCGAGCGAGAAAAAUACGUAUAGAACUGGAAAUAAAUUGCCUAAUAUAAUCAUUAUAAUGGCUGAUGAUAUGGGGUUCGAUGAUAUUAGCUUACGCGGUGGACGUGAAUUUUUAACACCCAACAUCGAUGCACUGGGCUUUCAUGGACGUCUGCUGGAUCGUCUCUAUGCACCGGCCAUGUGUACACCUUCCCGUGGCGCUUUGCUGAGUGGCAAAUAUCCCAUACACACAGGUACCCAGCACUUUGUGAUUAGCAAUGAGGAGCCCUGGUCGCUAAUGUUAAACACCACGCUGAUGCCGGAGAUCUUUCGGGCGGCUGGUUACUCAACCAAUUUGGUGGGCAAAUGGCACUUGGGAUUCGCUAGGCCGGAGUAUACGCCCACACAUCGGGGCUUCGACUAUCAUUAUGGCUAUUGGGGCGCCUACAUUGACUACUAUCAACGGCGCUCACAGAUGCCAGAGAAAACUUAUAUCGUUGGCUAUGACUUCCGGCGAAACAUGGAGGUGGAGUGCACAGAUCGUGGCGUUUAUGUUACGGAUUUGCUGACCAACGAGGCGGAGCGUAUAAUCCAAGAGACUGCGGCUAAGCAGCAACCACUUUUCCUUAUGAUUAACCACUUAGCCACGCACACGGCCAAUGAUAACGAUCCAUUGCAGGCACCCGAGGAGGAGGUGCAAAAGUUUCUCCACAUCAAAGAUCCAAAUCACAGGAAAUAUGCAGCCAUGGUUUCCAAAUUGGAUCAGAGCGUGGGCCGUGUGAUUACCGCGCUGUCGCGCGCAGAUCAGCUGGAGAACAGCAUUGUGAUCUUCUACUCGGACAAUGGAGCGCCUUCGGUGGGCAUGUUCGCCAACACGGGCUCCAAUUGGCCACUCAAAGGUCAAAAGAAUUCACCCUGGGAGGGUGGCGUGCGCGUGGCCGGCGUCAUUUGGAGUCCAUUGCUAACGGCGCGUGGCCAUUUGUUUACCCAACCCAUUUAUGUUGGGGACUUUCUGCCAACGUUGGCGCAUGCCGCGGGCAUUGAGCUGCCUGAGUCGCUCCAGCUCGACGGCAUUGACUUGUGGCCGCAGUUGUCGGGUAGCAAUGAUGCUCCACAUGUGCCACGAGAGAUAUUGCACAGCCUGGACGAUGUGUCACACUUUAGUUCACUGCUGCUGGGUCAGUGGAAGUAUGUGAAUGGCACCACUUUGGCCGGACAGUUCGAUCAACUGUUGACCCACCGCGAACUGGACGAGUUGGAUCCGCGCGCGCGUCGUUAUGUGGUAGAGGUGCGUAAUUCACCUGCCUCCAAAGCUCUGGCACGAUAUGAUCUCCAGCGACUUACACAACAUCGCAUGCAUACGCUCAGAGGAUUAGCCACUGUGCGUUGCGGUGAUAUGCAGCGUGGCUGCAAUGCUUUAUUGGAGGAAUGCCUGUACGAUCUGAGCGUCGAUCCGUGCGAGCUCAACAAUCUAGCUUACUCGGAGGGACAUGCGGAAAUUCUCGCGACGAUGCGCCAGCGUGUCCAGCAGCUGCGUGCUGAAGCUUUGCCGCCUGCAAAUCGUCCAGGCGUCAGCUAUGCCAAUCCGAACCUGCAUGAAUGUACGUGGGACAACUUUGAAGUCAAGAAGGCGGGUGCAGUGCCGCUGGAUUGCGAUUACCAUGGAAUUCCCUGCAGUGCUUAGCCGUACCGUUAAUUUCGAUAACGAUUUCAUGCUCAGC